GCCACCGCAUUGACUUCACGGUCUCACGUUGACUCCAUUUUGCUUUCGCUUGUAUGGGAUCUUGUGUGUGCAGUGUCGGUGUAAACAGGAGACAAACAGGAGUGAACGCGGAGGCGCCGAGAUAUUGUUUCAAAAAUGGAGGGCAUCAGUGAUGUUGCAGUUGGUGUAAAGAGAGGAUCAGAUGAGCUGAGUAUGUACAACAGUCCCAACUCUGGCAUGAGCAGCAUCAGUGAUGGGGCUCCUAAUGGCAGUGAUAGUAAAAAGCUAAGGGUGGAGGAGGCCCCACCGUCUCGUGUAAUCCACAUUAGGAAGCUGCCCAACGAGGCCUCAGAGGCUGAGGUCAUCGCCCUUGGCCUCCCUUUUGGCAAAGUAACCAAUAUUCUCACACUGAAGGGAAAGAACCAGGCAUUCUUGGAGAUGGGGACAGAGGAGGCAGCUGUCACUAUGGUUAACUACUAUUCCAAAGUAACUCCACUUAUUCGCAACGUCCAAGUGUUUAUUCAGUACUCCAAUCACAAAGAACUCAAAACUGAUGCUUCAAAUCAGCGGACCCAGGCAGUGCUGCAGGCAGUGUCAGCGGUUCAGUCACCGGGUUCAGAUGUACAGGAGGUCCUCGCUGCAGCCUCCAGUCCUGUGCUGCGGAUCAUUAUCGAUAACAUGUUCUACCCCGUAACACUGGAUGUAUUGCAGCAGAUUUUCUCCAAGUUUGGCACAGUCAUGAAGAUAAUCACGUUCACUAAGAACAAUCAGUUCCAGGCUCUUCUGCAGUUCAGUGAUCCUGUCAGUGCACAGCAGGCUAAACUGGCACUGGACGGCCAGAAUAUCUACAAUUCCUGUUGCACACUGCGUAUUGACUUCUCCAAACUGGUCAACCUGAAUGUAAAGUACAACAACGAUAAAAGUCGCGACUACACCCGACCCGAGCUGCCAGCUGGCGAUGGCCAGCCCAGUCUCGACCCUGCAGUGGCUGUUGCCUUCAGCAAAGACUCCAGCUCUCUCCUUGGUAAGAUCCCAGGAGCCCUGAACCCUCUGAGUGCGGCGGCAGCAGCUGCUGCUGCUGCAGGGAGGGUGGCCCUGGCUGGACAGGCAGGCUCCAGUGGGGUCCUGCUGGUCAGCAACCUCAAUGAGGAGAUGGUUACGCCCCAAAGUCUGUUUACCCUCUUCGGAGUGUAUGGUGACGUCCAGAGGGUGAAAAUUCUUUAUAACAAGAAGGACAGUGCUCUCAUACAGAUGUCUGAUUCCAAUCAGGCCCAGCUAGCUAUGAGCCACCUGAAUGGCCAAAAGAUGUACGGUAAGAUCAUCCGGGUGACGCUGUCCAAGCACCAGACGGUGGCGUUGCCUCGGGACGGCCUGGACGAUCAGGGUUUGACGAAGGACUUUGCCAACUCGUCGCUUCAUCGUUUUAAGAAACCAGGUUCCAAGAACUUCCAGAACAUCUUCCCACCUUCUGCCACUCUUCACCUAUCCAAUAUUCCACAAGAUGUGACAGAAGAUGACCUGCGGCUGCUGUUCUCCAACACUGGAGGCACUGUGAAAGCAUUCAAGUUUUUCCAGGAUCGCAAAAUGGCUCUGAUCCAGAUGUCAACCGUGGAGGAGGCCAUCCAGGCGCUGAUCGACCUUCACAACUACAACAUGGGAGGCAACCAGCACCUGAGAGUCUCUUUCUCCAAGUCCACCAUUUAAGAAUGUGACUCAGACUCUUGACAGUAUGAUGGUUUACUGUUUUAAGGAAGCGGCAGUCAGAAAGCUCCUAGACUGUGUCUGAACACCAGGGGGACCACAUAGAUUGAAUCAGUUUUGUUGAUCAUAUCAUUCCUUUUGUUUGCCUUGUUUCCUUUUUUUUUUUUUUUCUUUAAAAAGAACAACUGGAUCCUCCGAGCUGUUUCUUAACUGUACCUUCAUAUUUUUAUGUGAAGCAAAAUAUUGAAAUGGUUGAUUGUCCCCCUGUGCGGUAGUUGGAUGUAGAAUAGUGUUGAAUUUUUAAUUUAGUGGCAAAGAUACAGUACUCGUGUGCCUUACUCAACAAUAGCAACUUUUUCCUACAGCUGGACGUGUUCAUUUCUGAUCCUCCCAGUGAGGCACAUUGGUCUUGAAGAUUUUUGGGAGCUGGUGAGAAUGCAGAUUAUUUUCUCAUCAUCAAGACAAAGCUGUUUUUGAAGUUGUGCCUCUGACCAGGUGUAGCUGUGGUUCCUUUUGUUCUCCAGUUUUAGAUUGAUAACAUUUUCCUUUUUAGUUCAGCAGCAGGAGAGCAGAAUAUUCCUGAGGCAGAAGGUUUUUACACAGCAGCCUACGACAGGCAGUUUAACUUGAAUUCCAUUAUUCCACGGGGAUGUUCAGCCGAAGAUUGUUCUAGCACAAUCCAUGCAUAAGAUAAAGUAUGACAAUGUGGUUAAGUAUUUCUUUCUGUGUGUUUGAACCCUUCCUUGCUUUUUCUAUAGCAGUGAGGUGUAAUAGUCGGUGACAGUGUUUCUUUAAAGCAUGUAUGUGAUGAUAGGAUCUCACAUAAAGUGUUGCAUGCUGUGGAGGCAGUAAAAAAGAUGAGUCCACUGUGAUUGCAUUGUCAUGUGACACUUUACUUGAGAGGUUUACUCAGUUGGACCAAAGUUUCUGUGCCUUUAGUGUUCUUUUAAGUCAUAUGAACAACAAAAAAAAGAGCAUUUAAAAACCCAGAAUUCUUGCAUAUUUGGGGGAAAUGCCCACAAUUUGAAGUGUUCACAGAAUUCUCGUUUUUUUUUUUUAAAUCACAAGACCUGUAGACUGGAGGCAUUUGUUCUGAAAUAAUGCUUAUGUAUAUUUUUUAUCAUCCAAGUCUGAUUUUUAUACAGCUCAAAAUGUAGGGAUUUGGUAUCAUUCUAAAGAGGUGCAAUUAAAGGGUGAAUUAUUUUCUAAUAAGGAGAGGCACAACUUGGUUUUCUGCUUUUUGAGUUUCCCCUCUCAUGGUGUCUCUCGUGUGUUCUGCAUUACCUCUGUAGCAUGUCUAAUAAAACUCUUCCGUAGCUCUGCAUUCACCUUCUCUGUCUCUCUUCUCCGUUCUGUCUGCUCUGCUCGCUUCGGAAACUGUCUUCAUUCCCGGGGCGGGAAGGAAGCCAAAAUCAGUUUUGGAGCCACUUGAAAACAAGCUCUAAUAAGCCAGAUUGAGCCCUGUGAUGGUGCUAAUUUACAGGACAAGAAGUACAUUUUCUUGAUGUGUUUCCCACUCUGACAACUGACUCAAUCUGUUCCUCUAAUGUCUUGCUCUUCUUUCGUCUUGUAGUUGCCUGUUUUCUGAUCAGUCUCAAAGGGCUGCUGCUCUCCUGACAAAGUUUGGUCUAUCUACUUAUUCUCAUGCCUUUUAUCCGUUGCAUGAAUGGACUUGGUUUUCACUUUUCACACUACCAGCAGCUUAGGAGCACGUUUGAGUAAACUUGACACAGCCAUGAGCAUCAAUAUUGGACACUUUUUACAGUCUUUACACACAGCUUUGGUCUGCAGAACUGUGGAAGCAGCGCUCGGCCCCACUGUAGAAGUAAAACAUGCCCAAUAGACAGCUGCUCCUGGGGGGGGGGCAUGUCUAUGUGCCUUUCUCUGUCCUGACACCUUCACGCUCCUGCUUGUAGUUACAUUCAGAGCUUAAGGAAGAAAUCUUCAUUAUGUAACAAGGUACAGAUAGAAUCACUAACAUGCACGUGCUUAGACUGUGGAAGGAACCUGGAGUACCCAGAAGAAACUGAUGCAGGCACGAGGAGAACGUGCAAAGCACACAGAAAGGCCCCAGCUUAGUAGCAGGUUUGAACCGGGAACCUUCUUGCUGUUGACGGCCUGUUAAAUUGUUUGGAACGGCACUAAAUUCAGUGGACACAGCAGUGAACGUGGAAUCAACCUGUUAACAUACUCAGCCAGAAGUUACUUUUACUCUGUGGAAGGAGUGUCAUUACUCAUACUACAGUGUUCUUGUGAUUAAAGAAACCAGUGAUGUUCCAGGAGAUACCAGAACACAGAAUGACUUAUGAUAGAGGUUGUCACUCAAAGCGAUUGUAAGAGACUUUAAGUUUGAUUAUCUUACUGUGGGAGGCUGAAGGAAACUAUAGAUAAAGUGUAAUUUAUGGCCAACAUGCUCUCAUGAGUCCUUCUUACCCCUUGUUUUACGAUAAGGUGGAAGAAACCUUAUUUCUUCCACCUUAUUGGACCCAGAGUGGAGAAGAGGUUGCUUUGAAGCAACCUAGGGCCUGCUAUUAUCAGAAAUGUCCACCAAAAGCCACGACAAUGUUUACCGCUCAGUAGAGGUGGGAAGUAACAAUGUACAAAUACAUAGUUACUGUACUUAAGUAGAAUUUUUGGGUAUCUGUACUUUAUUUGAAUAUUUGUCUUUUGGACUGUUUUUCCCUUUAUGCCCUACAUCUUACACAAAUAUCUCUACUUUCCACUCCUUCAAUUUUCAGAACAGGUUUGUUACUUUAGGACAUUUAAGGGGAGUUACUUCCUGUCACUGCAUCUUCAAACAUCAAACCCAUUUGAACCUAAAUGGAGGGAAUAAUAAAACAUAAAACACAAUGCUGGAGUAUCCG